AUGGAGCUCGCAGUGCGUGGCUGCAACGGCGCGGACGAAGCGGCGGUGGAGUUGCUGUCGGCGCCAGACUCGAGCACGCGCCGCAAGCUCUUCGGGCUCACUCACGCCGGCGCGUUGAUCGAGACGUCGCAAGUCACGCUUUGCGCGGAGCUACCAGCACCAAAAGACCCAACUGCCACCGAAGAACCGGCAACCGCAGCUCAUGCAACGCUCGCGGGUUUCGCGUCGUUCGACGACCAGAUCCCGGCGGCGCUUGCGCGCUGGUCCGAGGUUCGCGACUACCUCAAGAAGCGCCUGCUGUUCGGCAAGCCCAAUGGCUGUUUGAUGCUCAUGGCGUUCCGCUACGACCCCGAGGUCAGCACGGAGCGUAAGGUGCUGGCGGCGCUGCUGCACCAAUUGUUUAAGCUUCAACAGGACCUGGGUGGGGUGGUCUUGGCAGUGCAUGUUGGCGUGGACGUCGAGGAGCUCGGAGUGUUCUCGCAGACCUUCUCGUGUUACGAUGCGGUGGGGCUGAGCACUGGAGGGUUGCUCAUGUUCUACCGCGCCGUGAGAGCGGACUACAUUCCCAGUGUGUACGUGCGCUCACCGCUGUCCUCGGAGGCUGAGGCCGAUCAACUGCAAGCUAUGGUGAGGAAGAACGAGGACCAGAAGCGCCACGCAGUCAACGCCUGGUUCGACGCUGCUACAGACCCGACUCGCGUGCUGACGAACCAGGACGAACACCGAGCGUGCUUUGUCGCGCAGUGUAUCGACACCCAGCAGCCGUGUGGUCUGUUGGCGUGUACAGACUCCAUCGACACGGACCAAGUUGCCGGCUACGCGCGGUUGUUCUCGGAUAUCUACCGGAAGGCGAAUCCAAUGCCAGAAGAGCUCCCAACAUCGACACCAACGCCUGCACCAACUCCACUACAGACAAGCUCUCCGCGAAGUCUGACUCGAUCGGUUGGUGGACCGCCUAACAUAAUUUUGCUUGGACCCACCGGGUCCGGCAAGGGCACGCAGAGCAAGAGGCUGGUAAAGGAGUUUGGGGUUGUGUACGUUUGCGCUGGAGACCUCCUAUGCGAGGCAGCCAGCGAUGCGUCAGGAAAAUACGCCGACCUCAACCGCCUUAUGAACGCCGGUGACCUUGUUCCGGACGAGAUCGUGCAAGAUCUGGUGCUAGCUCGCUUGGUUCAACCAGACUGCAAGGCUCGAGGCUGGCUGUUGGAGGGAUUUCCUCGCACGGAUACCCAAGCGCGCGUGCUGAUCGGUCACGGUGCAAAGCCCGAUGUAGUGGCGAUUCUUGAGUUGUCGGACGACGAUGCGAGUCAGCGUGACGGCGACGACGAUGGAGAAAGCGAAGCGAAGGCAGCGCCGUCUUCCGCACCGGUGGGUCGCAGACUCGCCCUGUACCGAGAGUAUCGAGAGGCUGUGCGCCAAAACUUUGUCAAGAUUUCGACCGUGAUCCACGUUGACGCCGCUAAAUCUCGAGACACCACUACGAGGAAGCUGGUGCAUGAAAUCUACCGAGCCCGAGGGUCUCGCGGUCCUCUUCGAGUGCGAAAUCCGCCACGCUUGAUCAUCACGGGAGCUCCAGCGAGUGGUAAAGGCACACAGUGCGAGCUUCUGGUGCGCGCGCUACACGUCGUGCACUUGUCUACUGGUGACAUGCUUCGCCAGGCCAUUCGCGAUGGAACGUCACUGGGGAAACAAGCGCAGGGAUACAUGGACGGAGGUCAGCUCGUUCCGGACGAGCUCAUAGUGGGCGUGGUGCUUGAGCGACUAGCUCAGCCCGAUUGCAAAGCCCGAGGCUGGCUUCUGGAUGGCUUCCCGCGGACUGAAGCCCAGGCACAAGCCCUACUCGCCGCUCGCACAAUUCCUGACUGCGUCCUGGCACUGGAUGUGCCAGACGAUGAAGUCGUCAAGCGCAUUGCUGGCCGACGGCUUGACCCGGAGACGGGUAAAACGUAUCACAUGGCGUUCAAUCCCCCGCCGCCGGAAGUAGCCGAUCGCGUCAUUCAGCGCAGCGACGAUACUGAGGAGACUGUGCGUACACGACUCGAGCAGUUCCACGCGCACAGCAAAGCUGUCGUCACCGCGCUCGGCGGUGUCUGUGAGUUGAUCCAGGCUGACGGAACGCGUCCCGUCGAUCAAGUGGCCGAGCUGCUUCUAGGGGGAGCUGAACGGUGCUUGCUUCGCAAUAACGCAGCCAUUGUGUCUCUCUUCAGUAUGGUUCCCACGCACCAGACACGCGCGCCUCUCUUCCUUCCAAACGUAUUUGAGCAUUUCAGGGACAAGGAUUGCUUACUGCUGUGUCUCCCCGAGUCCUGCCGACGUCCUGAGAUUACCAGCGGCUUCCGCUUCGUGCGUGGAGAUCCAUCGAUCAGCACAAUCGCCGGACUGAGGCAACAGGACGAGGAAAAUAACGUUGUUGCUAACAAGAAGGCGAAACAUGCCAAGCACGACAAACACGACAAGGCCAAGACGUUCAUCCUGUACGCUUUCCACCGAGACGAGCUGCCGUUCCUCCUGAAUUUCACGCUGGACUUGAGGUAUGGGCGUGAAGGGCUUCGGACUCACGGUGCGCUCCUGGACGCACAAGUGCAUCGAGAUCCUGGGUCUUGGCGGCAAGAAGGAGAAGAAGCAGAAAACGCGUCCAAGAGCUGUCACGUCCGAGACCGGCGGUGCUGUCAACAACAUUUCUUCCGAUAG